AUUCACAGACAUUCACAAACACCCAGAGAGAGACAGAGAGAGAGUGAAGGACUACUGAACCUCACACCCGUCAACUGUUGUACGGAGGAGGAACAAACUAAAUUAACUAAACAACUAAACUCCACUCACACUGUUAUUUUUGUCUUGUUGGACGCCUUUUCUCCGGGUGGAGAAUAUCCUUCAGCACGAAGUAGCAACUCACUACAACAAGGUGUUUAACAUCCUCUGCUGUGCUCCCUUUUGAGUGACCUCCCUCCCCCCACUCCUUCUUCUCCAUCCUUUGACUCUACAUCUUCCAUGAUGUCAUCUCGGGCCAGGACCCCUCCGGUGACCUCUGCAGGAUCCCCACGUUCUCCAGGGUCACCAGAAUCCCUGCAUCCUCCAGCCUGCAGGCACAGAGACCGCUCACCUUCCCCCAUGAGAGGCUGCCUCAUCCCCAGCCCUCUGCCCACACGAAGAACCAGGACCGUCUCACAGACGGCUCUCGCAUCGCAGGGUCCAGCAUUUAAUGGUGUGUGUAAAUGUUUUUCCCGCGCCAAAGGCCAUGGCUUCAUCACGCCAGUCGACGGGGGCAGCGACAUCUUUGUCCACAUCUCAGACAUCGAGGGCGAGUAUGUGCCGAUGGAAGGCGACGAGGUGAGCUACAAAAUGUUCCCCAUCCCCCCCAAAAACAUGAAGAUGCAGGCGGUGGAGGUGACCAUAACCCACCUGAAACCGGGAACCAAACACGAGACCUGGGCAGGACGCGUCGUCAGCAGCUGAGCACUGACACCCGCAGGGGGGUGGCGGGGGUCAAAGAGGCCAAGGCGGUUGGGAAGGGAGAUGUAGAAGAAAUUAGGAGGGAUGGGCUGCAGUAUUGGAUGGGGAGAACUGACAAUGAGGGUUGUUAGCGUGCACUGACACCAGAGGGGAACCCAGGUAAUGCUACGAGUUUAGCACUCAGAGAGAGCUGGGAUACAGAGAAGACAUGGCUGAUGCUGGAGUAGUAAAGGUUUAAAUCAGAGGGAAAUAUGAAUGAUGUCAUCGUUUACUCCUGUUGACAUGUGGGAGGUUUCCUCUGCACUACCUGGGGAAGGAGUAACUCUACUUUGGUUUGAAUAGAUAUAUAGUUACGGUAGAGAUGUUUAUCAUAGAAAGACUUGUAACAUUAGGUUUCUUGCUUAGAUUUGUAGACCCCGUGUUGACAUUUGAUGGUGCUUUGUUUGAACUUGUACAUCAUUUGGUGAGGAAAUUCAUUUCAGCUGCAAUUCUUCAUUUUCCUGGAAAACUUCUUUUGGAAGAGUUCAAUUGAGCUCAGCAGCAUUUGAGAAUAAAGCUGGCGUGGUGACAGGAGGCAGCGCUCCAUGUCCUUUUGUCCAGCAGCACCGCGGGUUAUUUUCCAGGUAUCCUGUGUGUGCCUACUGCUACCCGGUGAACUUCCAGCUCUGUUUGUGCCUUCUUCUACCAAUCUAUCAUCUGUAUUUGAUCAUGUGUGGGUGGCUAUACGAGUGAAUUAAAGCAUUUUCAACCGGUA